GUUGCACACCCAUCGAUCUUCGCAUCGCGCGUGAGGGCAUCGUGGCCGAGACAUGAAGAGCAAGAUCCGCGUGGUGGUCCGAGUGCGGCCACAGCUGCCAGCCGAGAAGACGCAUUCGUGUGAGACGUUGCAGCUCGGCAACCAUACUGUCCGCCUUGGCGUGACCGACUCGUCGCAGAAGGAGUUUCGAUUCGACCAUGUGCUGGGACCAUCGGCGACGCAGAAAGAGGUGUACGACACCGCGGGCGUCGCGCAGUCCAUUGCAAGUGUCUUGGAAGGCUAUCAUGCCACAUUGUUUGCGUAUGGGCAAACCGGGUCGGGAAAGACUUACACGAUGGAAGGUUUUGAAUACGAGGUGCCGUCGUCAUCCGUCCCUAGAUAUGCCAUCUCAUGCACCGAGGGGGGAGCAGAGGAUAGCGAGUAAGGCAUCCGAGCGUGCCUCCACGAAAGCCAAGAUCGACGUGGCGUCCGACCGACUUGGGAUUGUCCCACGAGUGAUCCUCGAACUCUUCGAUGCUCUCAAGACGGCAGCGGUCAUCAAAAACAAGGCAUACCGUGUCAAAAGCUCGUUUGUGCAAAUCUACAACGAACAGAUUCUCGAUCUGUUCAACCCAUCAUCCAAGCAGUCCGUCCGCAGUCGCCGUUGCGACAGUGCAUUUCUCACAAACGAGCGCGGUCGUUUUAGGUGCCUUAAGCUGCGGUGGGCGGCGGACCAGGAAUUUUUCGUCGAGGAUUUGACCAUGGUCGACAGCGCCAGCGGCGAAGAGAUGCUGCUCAAGUUCACGGAAGGUGUCAAAGAUAAAAUCAUGGCCACGACCAACAUGAACGCUGCGUCGUCUCGGUCCCAUUGCAUCUACACAAUCUACGUGGAGAGCAUUGAUUUGGAGAACCCGUCGCUGGUCACAACGACCAAGUUGUGCUUGGUGGACUUGGCUGGGUCGGAGCGCAUUGUCAAAACGGGCGCCACGGGAGUGACGCUGCAAGAGUCGAUUGGCAUCAACAAGUCGCUGUUUGUCCUGCGGCAAGUGAUCCAAGUGCUGAGCGAUGAAGCAAACAUGAAUCCAACUGGACAAAACGCCGUGGCCAAGACACACGUGCCGUACAGAGACUCCAAGUUGACGUCGCUGCUCAAGCACAGUCUGGGGGGCAACAGUAUCACAGUCAUGAUCGUGUGCUUGUCGCCCAGCGAUUUGUGCUACGAAGAAAACUUGAGCACGCUGCAGUACGCCGCUCGAGCCCAACAAAUUUCAAACACCCCCGUGAAAAACGCAGGCGAAGCGCACAAAGUCCUCGUGCAACAGUUGCGCGAUACGAUUCAAUCGCUGCACGCUCAACUGGCCGAGGUGCACACCGUCGUCGACCGUCGUCGCGCAGACUAACUACGAUCGGAUCACACAGGCCAACGCGACUAUUGAGAGGUUGCAGCAGCGUCGACCCAAGCCGCUACGAAUUCACUCGGGCGCGAGUCACACCGCCACGACCAGCCACCCCGCUCUACCCAACGACACGAAAACGACGACACAGGACGAUAGCAGCAACCAAGUAGAAGACGAUUCGGACGGGGAAUCCUCGUUUGUCUACGACGAAAUAGCCCGUCCAGAAGCCAUCGUCCAAAAAGCGAUACCUCCAUGGCCGUCGGCAUGGACUUGGCUGUCCUCUAUCUUUCAAGCAUUCCACACGCGUCCAACCGGCCAUCAUGCGUUUGCCGAAAGCGACAAGGCGUACAUGUUUACUGUCCAUCCGAUGUCGUCGUGGCCGUUGAACAAAAAGCCGCCAGGGGAUCUUGGUGUCGGGAUGGCGAUUGCUUAAUUUAGUUUGGUCUACACGGGUUUGCGUGACCGUCGGGAGUUGUUGGAGCGCUUGCAUAUCCUGGCCCAAGAUGGUCAAGUCGAAUCCGUUCGCCGUCUGCGACGUCCACUUGUGGAUCUCUUCGCGAACUUUUUGAACCAACCUAGAUGGACAAGUGAUCGUAGCCGUGGCGGAACACCGCGUUCGGAUUGACACGUACAACGGAUACUUCUUGGCUGCUGACUUGCGAAACUUUUCCUCAUCCAACAGGCGCAACGAACUGGUGCGGCGGUCAAGCAGCCGGUCGCUGUCGCUGGCAGCCGAUUCAAACUCGGCGAUUUUCUUGUUGUAGUCUCGAAUCUAGAUAGCACAAAAUACAUGAUGAAAUGAAUCGUACACAGGA